AUGGUUUCUCUCUGCUUUUAAUGUAACCUUUUGUCUGUUUUCAUUGGCAAAAUCUUAUCCACUACUUGGCUCAGUCUAGGUCUAGGUCGUUAUAACCCGUUGAGAGAUAACCAUCAACACACAGCAGUUUUGUUCGUUUUGUUUGGUUUGGUUUGGUUUUACAAAGAAAGCUACAGCCAUGGAAAACAAAACCCAACUGUCUUCUUCUUCUUCAUCAACAACAACAUCAUCGUCUUUAGACCAUCUAUUUGGUCCUAAAGACUCAACUUCUUCCUCUUCAUCUGGGAUUUUCAGCACUAUUUUCCCACCACCACCAACGGUUUUAGGGAGGGAUUCUUCUCAAUCAGGAACGAGGAAGCAUGGGAAUAAAAAAUAUGAUGGUCAAGGCAGCAAAGGAGAGAGCAGUGGAAAAGACUUGUAUCAGGAUGAAACAGUAGAACCAUGCAAUUUAAGCUCAUCAAUCUACUAUGGUGGCCAAGAAAACUAUUCUCCAAGGACCAAGAUUAACAAUCCUGAUCAUGAUCAUUCUCACCAUAACAAUCUUUUCAAGAAAGAUGGGAAGGAUGAUGAUCCCAAUAAUGGGAGCAAUUCAAAUACAGCUUCAAGAGGGAAUUGGUGGCAGGGAUCUCUCUAUUACUAACUUUCCUACCCAUAUAUAUGUUUUGCAAAUCCCACCCACUAAAUCUAAGGAAUGGAGACUAGGAUCGAUCUACAACAAUCCACAGUACUAUGGAAAUAAUGGAUAGUGUUUUUUUUUUUGUUUUUGAGAAGAAAAAGCAUUUCAAUAACGGAUAGUUAAUUACAUGUAUCAGAACUAACAAAUACUCUAUGUACUCAUCUUCGCUCUAUAUAUAUGUAUAACAAAAUCCAUAUAUAUA